AGAAACACUUACAAUAAAACCAAUAAUAAUUAUAACUAUAAUUAAUACUAAUAUUAUUAAAAAAAACAAAUAAAAUUUUUUAAUCUCUUUUUAAUAGUAACAUUAAAAAAAAUAACAACAAUAAUAAACAAUGGAAGCUAAAAGUAGUCCAGUUCCAAUUAAUACCCCAGAAGAUAAAUGGGGAUUGUGGAAAGCUGAAUGGAAGACCUGGUGGGGUGAUGUAUUGGGAAAUGAUACUUUAAAGAACCAAGGUCUAGAAGAAAGAACCAAAAUUAGAGGUCAUCUUAGAGGUACUCCAAUGAGAAAGUCACCAAGUUUCAAUGAAGAAAAUUUAGCCAGCUCUAUCAAUAUCGGUGUCCAUGGUAAUAAAGUAGAAAACCAAUCACCAUACACCGGUGCCUCAACCUUCUUCCCAGAAUGGAAAUACCCAUCUUUUGAAAGAAAUAAAUAUGACGAUGAAAUAUUAGAAAAGCAAAGAGAAAAAACCUUAGAUUUACGUGUUGGUUCAGGUUCCUUAUAAAUUAUACAGGUCCCUCACCAAAUAAUAUAUAAACUGUGUUAAUAAUUGUAAAUAGCUAAAACCCAAUUAACCAAUUUAUAUAUUAUAUAGUAAAUUGUAAAAAAAAAUAAAAAAAUAAAAAAAAAUAAUAAAAAAUAAAAAAUAAAAAAAAAAAUUAAUAUUAAUAAACAAUU